UUCUGACAUUUUCGCGUUAAAACAAAACACAAACAGUCUUUGGCGCCGGAUGCGGCGAAUUGGUAAAGAGAGCCAUAUUGUAUGUGAGAGGUGGUGAGCUUUUAUUUCUAAACAAAAAUUGUGUGCCCAUUAACGAUCACCGUUUGCUCCAAAGCAUAGGGAGCACUACCGGUCCAGUAGAUCAUUAGCCGUGUUGGUAUUGUGUCGUUGGAUCAAAAACGCGGCGGUUUCGGCUAAUAUAUAAAUAUAACUUUAUGCGACGAUACAACAAAAACUCACCUGAAGCAUAUAUAAUACGCUAAUAUAUAGUCACAAUUUGUUAAACAUAUAUUAAUACUAGUUAAUAUAACUUAACUGCCUUAUUUUAUUUAAAAAUAUAAUAAGAAUAGUAAUAAUUUGUGCAAAAAAGUGAGUGAGAAUUGAUAGAACAAGUGCGGUUAAUAGAAAGGAAAAGGGUGCGGUGAAAAAUGUCCGGUGACGUGCAGCCGCGUAAACGAAAGGAUAAGAAAAAGAAACGUGAUGGGUUCGAUCGUAAAUCGGAGGGCGAAUUAUCUUUUUCGCGCCAUUCAAGCUUUGAAGAUGAUGAGUCUUCGCAUGGCGUCCACAUCACCAAAAUGGGCAGCGAAGAUGUCCACUUCCAUGUACAACACGAACACGGCACUGGCGGACAUUGGUGCGCGAAGAUCUUCUUCUUUUCACUUUUAGCCAUACUAUUUGGUCUCGUUGGCUUGAUAAUAUUGGAGCAUCGCGGCAUAUCCGAUUUGGACACACCGCUAUCAGAGUCACGUUUCUCGAAUUAUUUCGAUGGUUGGGUGGAUGAAAGUCGGCAAGAGCAUGACGAUCACGAUCCCGUGCAGGCGUCAAUAGAAGAACAUGACGAGCAUGACGAACCAUUUGAAGAGGAGGAAGAUCACUCUGAAUUGGAUGAAGAUGCCGACGAAAAGCAUGAUGAAGAGGAUGAUGAUGAUGAUGAGCAUGAUGUGGAAGAAGAAGAUGCCACCACGGAACAAACAAAAGAGGAAGAAGAGGAUGAAGAUAAUGAUGAAAAAGAUGAAGAUAACGAUAAUGAUGAUGAAGACGAUGAAGAAGAUACAACCGCAGAGGCUACAGUAGAACAAAGUAAUGAAGAAGAAGAUAAUGAAGAUGAUAAUGAUGUUGACAAUGAUAAUACAAAUAACGAGGACGAUGAUGAUGAUGAAGAUGAGAAUGUAACACAAGAAGUAACAAAGGAAGAAGAAGAGAACGAUGAAGCAGAUGAUAAUGAUGAGGAAAAUAAAGAUGAGAAAACCGCCGAAUUUAGUCAAGAAGCCAAUGACGAUGAUGAUAAUGAUAAUGAUAAUGAAGUCGACGAAAAUAAUAGCAAUGCUGAUGCGGCCGACAAUGAUGAUGAUGACGACGCUGAUAAUGAUGAUGAUGAUAAUAGCGUCGAACCCAUCUAUGAACGCUCCACUCAACAAACCAGUCAACUUUCAACCGGCAAUAGCGCAGCUGCCGUUGAUGAUGAUGAUGAUGCUUUUGAUGAGAUAAUUUUGCAGGAAGAUGAUGAUGAUGAUGUGACCAACGACUCAGUAGAGAAUGUUGUCGAUAAUGAUGCAGAGGAGCUUUUGUUGUUACAACAAAAAGCGCGCCAACAAGCCGCGGAGGCAGCAAAGAAUGCACCAAACUCUGCGGAGAAGGAUGAUAAAGACGACUCAGCUGAAGCGGUGCCAUCUUGGGCCUCUUCUCUUGCGGUUAAAAUUGGCGUCGGUGUGGCACUCGCGCUUGUUGCACGCCUUGUAUUGAUUAGGAAUAAUCCAAAUACAAUUGAGGAACCUGCACCAGAGGUGAUAAUGAAACGUCGUCUAACAAUUGCAACUGCGGAAGACACCUACGACAACGAUGAGGAGGAGCCACCACUGCCAGAUGAUGGCGAAUACUCUGAAGAAGAAAUCGAAAUCGAAGAGGAAUACGAAUACGAAGAAGACGAAGAAAUAGAAUUACCGGAAGAUCCCGACGACAAUUUAUCAGCCUUGGCAGGCGAAUAUAUUCCCGAAACGUUUGAGCAAUUAAAUAGCCUUUAUCGUUCUCGGCUAAGCGAGCCCGAAUCGGCUCAUACGAGCUCAAUACCUGAGCAUGUUGAAAAAGUGAGAGAACAACGAUUUGUGGCGAAGAAAUCACCAGCAGUAUUCACCGCACCACCACCACCAGCAACUACUACUGAUAUAUCAUUCAAGAAGGUAUCACCAUUUACAACGACAGCGACAACAACAAGAACAGCACAAACAUUUACGCCAAAUUUAGGUCAAACACAAUCACAAACAACAACAAGUACGAAAGACGAAACCAUAAAACCACAGCAAAACUUCAAUACCACUACAACAAAAACAACAACAGCUGCUGAUCUAUACUCACCAAAAAGCAACACCAAACAAUACAUACCGGAUUCACCAAAAACGACAAAAGCCGAAGUUACACACGAUUUGGAUUAUCAACCCGACGAAGAAGAUAUUGAUUAUGAUGAUGAUGAUGGUGUUGAUAAUGAUGGUGUGGGUGACGCAUACACGCGCGAUAUAUUAGAAGAUACAGACGAAGAGGAUGAGGAGGAGGAAGAGGAUGAAGAAGAUAUCGAUGAUGAUUUAUUGGAUGAUGAGGAUAUUUCCGAUGUCGACGACACUGAACUCAUGAAUAGAUUGGAGGCCAAGUAUGGACGUUUGCCGGCAAAAGAAUACGAGAGUGAUGAAGAUCCCGACGAUCCAACAUGGACACAAAUCAAACCAAAGGAAGAAUUAGGUGGUGGACCCCAAGCUCAGAACGAUGAUUUCGGCUCGUUUGAACAUGAGUUGCGCCGAGCAAACGAAGAUAUAAUGCGAGAGAAUUACGCGCUCGCCGAUAAACGUUUCGCUGAACUCGUGCAGCGAUUUCCCGAUCGGCCAGAAGUAUUUCUCGCACAAGCAAGGUUGCUCGAUAAGCUGUCGGAGCAGCAGCGUAGCAAUAGCGUGCUGAAUCAAGCUAUACAGGCGUACAAGCGUUACUUAGCGCUGGGCGAAUUCAUCACCGAUCAUGAGCAAUUUCGAAAGGCCGCUGAGCGCUGCAUCGAGCGUAUACGCUUCAUGGGUCAUCACAUGCAGGCGGUGCCCAUACAUCAGCAAUUGAUCGCGCGCUUUACGAAUAAACCAGAUGUGAUGAAUCAACUGGCCAUCACCUACCUGCUGCAGAACCGUUUAUCUGAUGCCAAGCUGGUGCUACAGGAAGUACUGCGUCGUUGGCCCAAGGAUGGGUUUGCGCAGGUGCACUAUGGUUUUGUUUUGCGUCAGCUGGAUAAAGAUUAUGAGAAUGCUGUUAUUUAUUUGCGUGAGGGCAUCAAAUCGAAAGCGCCGGGCACUCAGGAUGGCCGUUUCUAUUUUAAUCUUGGCGAUUCGUUGCAACGUCUGGGUCGCCAAGCGGAAGCUGUUGAAGUGUAUAAACGCGCCGCUGCUCUGAAGCUGUUUCCCUCCGUCUAUCAGCGUUCAUUGUACAAUGAACCCGAUUUGCGUGCAAAACCCUACUGGACCAAGGAGGAAACUACUUAUGUUAAAUACCUUAACAAAUUGGAACUCAAUUGGCAGGCGAUACGUGAUGAAGCGUUAAGCUUGUUGAGUAGGCGUGGCAAUUAUCUCGACGAAGCUGAAAGUUUGCGUGAUACUGGUAAUUGGCAGCAAUUCGAGUUGUAUUCACGUGGUCAGCGGCGUGUUAAAAAUUGUCAGAAAGCGCCCAUAACGUGUGGACUUAUUGAAAAAUUUACUGCGGCAGCUGGCUGUCGACGCGGUCAGGUGAAAUUCAGUAUCAUGCAACCGGGCACGCAUGUUCAUGCUCAUUGUGGACCGACGAAUUGCCGUUUGCGUGCCCAUCUGGGUCUAGUUGUGCCGAAAGGUCCCCGAUUGCGUGUGGCUGAGGAAGAACGUACUUGGAAAGAGGGUGAAUUUUUGAUAUUCGACGAUAGUUUCGAACACGAAGUUUGGCAUAACGGUACUAGUUUGCGGCUUGUCCUGAUCGUCGACGUCUGGCAUCCUGAUUUGAGUGCAAUGAAACGACGAACGCUCUCACCAAUUUGAUUAGCAAGCAUAGCUGCAUAUGUUACACAUAUACAUAUGUAGUUGUUGCCCUAAAAAGUUCCUGUUUGCACCACACCAAAUACAUUAAAACGUGAAAUUAGUUUUUAAAAAGUAUAUAUAUUGCUUUUUAAUGCGACUUUUAUAAAUAGCUUAUUAGAAACUAAGCUUACACGCUUGCUAACAUGCUAACUAGUUUACUAAUUGCAGUUAAAAUUUCCUUACUAAAAUUGUGAAUUAAAAUAGUUUAUGAAAAAAUUAGAAAAAUGUAACUCAAAGGUAUAUUUUUAAGAUCACUUAGAAACCAUUAUAUACGGUUUAAUUUGGAUAAAAGAGAGUUUCUAUGCCAAUGCUGAUAUUGUUACUUAAUAUGAAGAGUUCUAGGUUUUUAUUUUCUUUAUUUAUUUUUUCAUGAAUUUUUUGCUGUGAAAAACAAAAAAGUUUAUUGGAAUAAUUUAAAAUAGUGUUGUUGAAUGCAUUGUUCAUCGAAGUCUUAAUUAAGCACAAAAAUUUUUAAAAAGUUAAAUUUGAAAUGAAACAAUUUUGUCUGUUAACCUUCAAUUAAUUUCAUAUAUGUAUGUAUAUGACUUGAAUAAAUAACAAUAAGAAUGUAUUUAUUUUUUUAUAUAAAAAAAGCUUAUACUUUCUAUUAAAUUAAUAUAUAAGUUUUAAUAUUUAUUUAUUCAUGUGUAAAGACAGUCGUGUAAACUUAUUGUUAACCGGACGAAAGCAAUUUAAUAUUAUACAAUUACAAUUAAUACAAAAGCCACUGUGAAUAUAAUUCAAAACCAAACAAAUGUGUUGUAAAUAUGAAUUAUUAAUAAAUUUGCUUUCCUUUUCUACACCGACA